AUGAUGAACAAUGAAGAAUAUAUUUUUAAUUAUGAUGAAAUCAAACGAAAAUUCGAAAGUGUACCACAAACAAAUUCAAUGACAAAAAAGUUUAAAUCAACGGCAUAUAAAACAUAUUUUCAACCUCGAACAAAAUCAAUAAUUGGGAAAACCGAUAUGCGAUCAAAUACGUAUCCAUUGAUGGCAAAUAAAAUUCAACGAAAUGCGAUAUUAUCACACCCAAGAGUGACUUUAAAAGUACAUGUGAUUGAUGUUCAAAAAAUGAAGCCAAAUGAGCAAUUUAUUUUACAAAGUCAGCAAGGAUUUCAUUUAAUGUCCAAUCAUAAAAAAUAA